AUGGCACCCUCUAUUUCCAUUUCCAUUUUGACAGUGGCACUAUCUGCCUGGGCUUCUCUUGUUUUGAGCAGCUAUGCUGCAGAAUCACCUGACAAAGAAGCAAAGGCUUUGCUUGAAUCUGGGUGGUGGAGUCGUAAAUAUCUCAACUCUACCACUACAAGUCCUUGCAACUUGCAUGGUAUUACUUGCAACGUUGGUGGAAGCAUUACUCAUAUUUCUCUACAUGAAGAUUCUGUAGAGAAAAAGAAGCUUGGGAGAUUUCUUAACAGCUCUUCAUUUCCGAAUUUAGUCAGUUUGGACGUUGCUGGAGCUGGACUCGUUGGGGGCAUCCCACCAGAGGUAGCUACUCUUUCGAAGCUCACCUAUCUUGAUCUCUCCUAUAAUAAUCUUACAGGUGAGUUACCAUUUUCUCUAGGAAACCUUUCCCAAUUGGUGAUGCUUGACAUUUCUCAUAACCAAAUCAAUGGUUCCAUUCCACCAGAACUGGGCAAUUUGAUCAGCCUUGUUGCAUUAAACUUGAGCUCCAAACAACUUGUAUGGUCCAAUACCUUCAUCGCUUGGCCAUUUGCUGAACCUCACUCACUUCCUACUUUAUAA